UGAAAAGGUUAGAAAUGGUCACCGUGAAACUCUGUGGGAGCAUGUGAAGCAAUCACUACUCCUGUAAAAUGUAGGCUUGUGGAAUGGGCUGGGGAAAUCAGUUCUGCACCCUAUGUAAGCGUGUCUGUGAUAACAAAUUCCUCAUGGCCAAGUACUGGUUUUUUAGCCUUGUUUCACCAAGGAUAUCCUCUCUACUUACAAGGAUUUGUAAGUACAGCUACAGGAUUGCUUUCCCAGCAGUUUCUUUAUAAGAAGGCUGUGACAUCUGCAAUAAAUAGUUAGUAAUUUCCUUUUUAUCCGACUUAUUUUUCUGCCUGAAUUUUGCCUUUGGAACAGGUUAUGUGGGGACAGGUUCAACAAAGAAGCAGAACAAGACGCAUGCAGCCUGACUGAAAAUCCUCUGCUCUACUCAGGAAGCAGCGCCACUUACUUUAAAGGAACACAUAAAUGAAGUGAACACUGGAAAAAUGGAAAGACCACUUGAGGCUACCAGAAUGGAAAACAAGACCUCAACCUGCUUUCUCAUGGAAAGAAAGACUCAUGCCAGGAUUAACAGGAAAGAAGUCAUGCUAGCUAAGCUGAGAAAGAGCUGCUCCUGCACACCACAGAAGAUGAAAAACUUUCUUAUGGACUUCUUUCCUGUUUUACGAUGGCUUCCCAAGUACCAAUGUAAAGAGUACAUUUGGGGGGAUGUUAUGUCUGGGUUAGUGAUUGGGAUAAUUUUGGUGCCUCAAGCAAUUGCAUACUCACUGCUGGCAGGUCUGAAGCCCAUUUAUAGCCUUUACACAUCAUUCUUUGCCAACAUCAUCUAUUUCUUAAUGGGCACAUCCCGUCACGUCUCAGUUGGCAUUUUCAGCUUGAUAAGCUUAAUGGUGGGACAAGUUGUGGACCGAGAACUUCUCUUGGCUGGGUUUGACUUGAAUGAUGAUGCCCCACCAGCCUUGGGUGAUGGCUCUCUGCAGAAUGACAAUCUGUCCAACACAACUGCCUUCAACCUUACCAUUGCGGGGAUAAAUGCCGAGUGUGGGAAAGAGUGCUACGCUAUUGGCAUUGCUACAGCCUUGACAUUCAUGGCUGGAGUGUAUCAGGUUCUAAUGGGGAUCUUCCGUCUAGGUUUCGUAUCUAUGUACCUAUCUGAGUCCGUACUGGAUGGCUUUGCAACUGGUGCUUCCUUAACCAUUUUAACAGCUCAAGUGAAGUAUCUGAUUGGAAUAAAAAUUCCGCGUAGCCAAGGGCAUGGGAUGCUUGUUAUUACUUGGAUUAACAUUUUCCGGAACAUUUCUCAGGCUAACCUUUGCGAUGUCAUCACAAGUGCCAUUUGUAUCGUGGUGCUGGUCACUGCUAAGGAACUUGGAGAUCGGUAUAAACAUAAACUGAAAUUUCCUCUUCCCACAGAGCUGGUAGUUAUUGUUGUGGCAACACUGGUGUCACACUAUGGUAAGUUAAAUGAACUGUAUUCAUCCAGUGUUUCUGGAGCUAUUCCAACAGGAUUUAUCCCUCCAAAGGUACCAGAGUUCAGCUUAAUGCUCCGAGUUGCACUAGAUGCUUUGCCUCUUGCCAUAGUCAGUUUUGUCUUCACUGUAUCCCUCUCUGAAAUGUUUGCAAAGAAAUAUGCUUACACCAUCCGAGCCAAUCAGGAAAUGUUUGCUGUGGGGUUCUGCAACAUCAUUCCUUCUUUCUUCCACUCUUUUGCAACCAGUGCAGCUCUGGCAAAAACACUCGUCAAAACAUCUACGGGCUGCCAGACUCAAAUCUCUGGAGUAAUUAGUGCAAUGGUGGUUUUGCUGGUGCUGCUCUUCCUGGCACCUCUCUUCUACUCCUUGCAGAAGUGUGUCCUGGCUUGUAUUAUCAUUGUCAGCCUCCGGGGAGCCCUGAGGAAAUUCCAAGAUGUGCCAGCACGGUACCAGGUGAAUAAAGUGGACACGCUUGUUUGGGUAGUUACCAUGUCUGCCUCUGCCUUGGUCAGCACAGAAAUAGGGCUGUUGGUUGGCAUUGUUUUCUCCAUGUUAUGCAUCAUCGUUCGGACCCAGCGACCGCGGACAGCCCUGCUUGGUCAGAUCCAAGACACAAGCUUUUAUGAGGAUGACUUAGAAUAUGAAAAUCUGUCUACUGUUCCAAAGGUCAAAAUAUUUCGGUUUGAGGCCCCCCUUUACUAUGCAAAUAGAAACUACUUCCUAAAGUCGCUGUACAAAUUGACCAAUUUAGAUCCUAACCUAGAAGCUGCUAGGAGGAAGAAAUAUGAGAAGAAGGAAAAGCAGCAUCUGAAAAAGGGAAAUCACAGAACUGCUAAUGGACUGGGCAUCGGAGAAACCACUUUGCAACUAGUUCCUAAACAAAUUGAUUUCCAAGCCCUUGUUGUAGAUUGCUCUUCCAUCUCAUUUUUGGACACCACUGGAGUUAAUACUUUAAAGGAAAUCCUGAAAGACUACAAGAAUUUAAACAUUUCCGUUCUCCUGGCUUGCUGCAAUCCCUCAGUGAUAGACUCUCUGAAAAGAGGGGGUUACUUUGGAAAGGAUUUUGGAUGUAUGCAGGAAAUGCUAUUCUACAGUAUACAUAAUGCUGUGCUGUUCGCAAAAGACCAAAAGCUUCCAGCAGAUUGCUCAGUUUAGCUCUGUGUCUUCCCUGAUGAUUCACUACAAAGUGACAGAUGGAGGGCGGUAGAUGGCAACAAGUAAAUUAUCAGACACACUGUUGGCUGUGUAAAGCCAUUCCACUCAAAGAAUUCCACUUUAUGUCUUAUGCCACAUAGAGUAGCCACGGGGGAGGCAGUAUCGGACAAGCAUGGAAAGGUUAUAGACUACCACCUUCACUUUAAAAUGCAAGUGAAGGCAAUUUGGGAUUGACUUGUCCAUCACACCAUUAUCAUUUGUGACCCAAAAUGGAUGUCAGGGGACUGUCAUGGCAGAAGGCCUGCCCAGUGUCACCCUCCCAGUGAUUUAAUGGCUGUUUUGUGUCAAGAAAGCUAAGCCACUUCCAUGAAAAUGAAAUCAGUAUGGCAUUUUGGACACAUAAUGGUUUAAACUGUGGCUUGCAAGACCCUGCCCCUUCCAAUCAUUCUAGCUGUACUACUAGACAAGUCUCCCCUGUUUGCAUAAAAAUAAAAUGUAUAAAAUAUUGUGGAAUGCAGAAUAUCUCUCCAUCUUGAUCACACAAGCAUAACCUUGUUAAUACCAUAACCUGCCACAGGAGAAGAAAUUACGAUCCAUCGCAGUUCCUCUCAAAAUUACCAUUACCAAAAAUUGCUGGUUUUGGAGUCAUCCUUUCUAUUGGAUUAGAUCUGUUGCAAUUAGUUGCUGAACACUGUGAUGCCCCUAAUCAUGCUGGAAGAAAUAUGACUCUAAUGCACAAUUUUGUACUUAGAAAAAGCAUAAACAGGAUUAAGAAAAAUGAAUGGCUUUAACUGGCAGCUACCCAGCCACUUGUACCAUCCUGUAAAAUAAGCUGCCUCUGGUGGGCAGAUGCAACUCUAAUUCAGGGAUACGUAAGGACCAUCAAAUAUAAAACCUCAGAGCUGUGAUGCAGCACAUCACUAUCUUCCUACAAAUGCCUGCCUGGGUUCAAAGAAAAACAGGAGAAAAUAAGGGCAGAGUGGGAAGGUCAAGCUGUGAGUUUUCUUGAAGGGGAUUGAUGGAUCAGUCAGAACUGCCUGGCUGGUCUUCUCUGAUGCAAUGCUAAUGAAGUAUUACAAGUAACAUACAUGGGUCAAGUAAACAGAGCAAUGCUUUGUAACUUGUGUAUCCCUCUGUGCUGAAAAAUUUUCACCACUGUUUAUACACACUACAGAUGUUGUGGGGGUUUUGUUUGUUUGGUGUUUUUUUCCUAUCAUAUUAGUCUUUGAUUUGAGGUCUACUAGACCAUGUUUUCUGGGGCUUGUUAUUUUCUAUAAUAAUUUGCAUUAACUGCUGUUCAUUAUGCUUUAUGUCAUCAGUUGUAUUGUUGUAUAUGCAGGUUGUCUCUUCACAAAUAAGAAUAGACUUGGAUUUUGAUUGUAACACAGUAUUCAGUGUUCUGGCCCAUGGGAUGGGCAGAAUAUUCUGUUUCAUACUCAAGUUUGUAAUUACCUGCACAGGAGGUAAGACAGCUGUGCUCACCCUCUCUCCUUUUUCAUGUCGGGUUCACAUGUCACCAAGCAUGGAAGGAAAUUGUAUCACAGCUGUGCCUCUCACAACUAACAGACUCUAGAAACAGGUUCCAUACAUGCCAAAGCCAUUUCUUUGAUGUCCCAUUUUAAAAAGAAUCAAGUCAACACAUUAUGUGACUUGCUCAUUUCAACUUUUUAGGCCACUGAAUGAAAGAACAGGCAAACCGAGGUUCUCCAGGUACCCCAGAGCCUGUCUGGCUUUUAGAAACAAGUAUUUUCUCAGAGGAAAAGCAGAGCACUUCCGAAAGACCAAAAAUACCUUCACAGGGGCUACAACUAGUAUUCGUUGCAUUAGAUUACUCGAUGUUGACGUUUCCACGCACUUCACACAAAAGAAGCCUAUCAGCUGCACACUGUUAGUACUGCUAAAGCAGCAAACCUGACAGAAACAUCUGACUUGAGAUUCAAGGACUGACCAUUAUCAGCAUUUUUUAUUAUUAUAUUAUUAUUUACAUUGCUGACUUGGUAUGAUUAGCUUCUUUCUGUUCUAAAAGGAAGUGAAAAGGGCCCAAGCACAAAAACUGCUUUGUACCUGCUUUUGUUUGUAACCAUUCUUGGAUCAGGGAAUAAAUCUUUUAAGGUCCUAUUCAGGCCUAACAAUGCAAAUGGGUGUAUAAGAGUUACUGCCAGACAGUACUAAUACAGACACUUUCAGGCCACUGUGAUAAAGAAAGCUGUCGUUGGAAGUAAAAUAAAGCAUCCUAUCAAUCUACACUUUUUUUAGGUUUAUGGAUCCAGCUACAAACAUAAACACAAAGAAAAAAAAAUGCAAAGAUACCUUUAUAUUUAAAUUAAUCCCAUUUCAAAAGACAAAAAAAAGGGAAUUCAAAUGGGAGGUGUAUCUUUGCAAUAGUCUCUGGAGAAUAAUCAAGAGAAUAAGACAGUAAGAACGGAAAGUCUAUUUUUCACCAUAUUUAUUUUAAGUGUGGUACCAAAGGACACCUAAGUGAAGAAACUUUACAACACAUAAGAGAGAAGAUAAACUUUAGAACUUAUAUGAUGUAGAAAAAAAUAAUUGGUCAGAAGAAACUGUAAGAACAAUUUCCGGUUUUGGUUUUACUGGCAGACCUAGCUCACAAUCAACUGUGUCAGACAUUGUCAAAUAGAGCAUGGAAACAGCUUCAGUGCUGUGAUGCUGGCAGACUGCAAAUUAUUUCUAAGGAGUAUGUAAAAGGUAAUGAAAAAAGCCUUUUUCUGGUACAUCUAUAUUUGCUAUACUGAGUUAUACAAAGAUUAAAGAUACGAAGAUUGAAAAUUAACAAAAACUGCUGAAUUUUCUUCUCUCCUAAACUACCAGAAAUUAGCUAUCACGUCUUGGAGAGGAGCUGGGGAUAGGCUUGCAAUUCCUCCUAGGUUUAUACUAAUACUGAAAUAAAAACCAUUAUAUGCCUUUUAGGAAAUGUUAUAUGCUUCAUGUAGGUUGACUAUAUUUUUGUUUACUGUGAUGCCUUAUGAUUUACCAUGUAUCAUGUAUCCAACAGAUCGUAGUACUACUACAUAAGAAUGGGAAAGGAUUCUUAACUUAUGGACUGUGUGUGUCCCUUGGAACUGGGCAAAGAGCUGGAGUCUUCAGCUGAAAGUGUCCUGUCUUGUCGACUAGUGAAGCAUGGCCAGAAUGUGUGCUCCAGGUGUCAAAAUAGUUUUACUGGCACUGGUAACCAGCAACCUGGGAACUGUCCAGUCCAUGAAAGACAUCUGGAUUUCCCCACAAUCCUGAAUAUUCCUGUGUCACAAGACUAAGACCAAGAGACAAAUAUGUGCUUCUGGCUGGAAAAUAAAACUAGGAGUUCUUUGAAAACAGUUUGCCUUGUGGUAUCCUUUCGCAGGUGGCAAAAUAUUGGGCUAAUUCCAAAUAAAGACAAAGAUGAAGAGGGGCGCUUGUACUAAGAAAAGCUGAAAUAAAGGGAUGCACUUGGUAAUGGGGGAUUAUAAAACAUAAUGAGAAAGACCAUUACAGAAGUGAGAAUGGGAAGGUGGCAGUUUUUUUAUUUGAGCACAUCUAUUUUUUGGCAGAAACAUUUAUGGCACCUUUUUUACAGAUGGCAGCAAUUGUGAAGAAAAGCAAGGCCUCUAUCUGUUAGACUUCCGCAGAGUUCCCCUGUUUUCUCUAAGUGCCCUUCUUCAGACAAGUGCCCAUCUCCACAUUCCAAGGAGUGUUCUCUACUCAUCAACCCCAUACAUAAUUGCAGCCUCUCUACAUCCUUCUCGUUAAGGAAGAGAUUUACACAUGCACAGAAUUAAGCAUCAGCACUGAACUUCUCUGCUCAGACUUGUAAUCCUGCUCCUGUUGUUUUUAUCAGUACCAAUGUUUGUCUGCAGGCUCCAUGCUCCUCCCCCUUCCAAAACCACUGACACUGGUUGUCAUACAAUUUAAAUGUCUUCUUGUCCUUGAAAAAAGCUUAUUUUUUUGCAAAAUGAGAAGUUUUAGCUUGGUUAUAAACAACAGCAGUUUAUAAUUUCUACAUGUCAAAGAUACGGGCUAAAGAUUGAGGCUAGUAGGUUAGAAUCCUACCUUUGAGACACUACAGCCUUUUUGGGGACUUCUUGAUUGAUUGCUAUGUUUCCAUGGUCCUAGCAUUUUGAUUGUGUCAAGGAUUGUACACCACGUUUUCAAAAGACUCAGCCCCCACGAAGGCUGAGCAGAAUCCAUGACAGAUGCAUUCCUUUCCCCCAGUCAUGUGGAAAGACCAAUUCAACACAAUGGCACAGCUAAAACAGGCUGCCAGAAGGGAUUCUAGGCUCCAAGUGCAGAUGUGGCUGCUUUCCUUCCAAAGGUACUCACUGAUUUUUCCUAAGUCAGUUGGUUACAGAAACCUGCAAGACAAAACCCACCUCCCAGGAGAAAUCUCUAUGACAGCAACUCCAGAAGUAGUGAGCAGCGACAGUUGUCCUUGACACUGGUUCACUCCAAGAGUACAUAUUCCACAGUCCAGUAAGAGACAGAGACACACACAGGAAAGGGUGCUUAGUGGAAACCUCCACGUGGAAAGAUGAGAGUGAGGAGCUUUGUUACCUGCUACACUCACGGAUGGAGUAACAGAGGCCACCCUGGGGUACCGAUGCAACACUUACCUGCUUGCAGGACUUACGACCACCUUCCUAAAAGACUGACAUACAUAAGCUCACCUUGUGUUGAGGAAGAAAAUAUAGAGGAAGAAAAAUUUUGUUCCUAAUUCACACUCUGAAACUCCCAACUUCCCUGCUCACACACCAUUUUCAGAGUCUGAACUCUCCUUCCCUGCUGCUUCCCCAUAGUGGUAAAUUCCCAUUCUUCUGCGUCUGGGACAGUACAUGCAAUGAUGUGGACUGCAAAUACGCUCUGCUCAGCAAGAGUCUGAGCCAAGAUGAACUUUUAAGAGCUAUUACAAUUUUUCAUGGGGUUCUUAUGGUUUGUCAUUAUUCAUAGAUCAAUUGCUCCUGCUCUAGGCAUCUGGCUAUUUGGCUGUUCCCAUUGGUACUUGAUAUGAGUGUGCUCAAGCUGAGUUAAAAGGGACUUGAAAGGCAAUGAAUUCCAAGUGUUCUCCUAAAGUCUAACAUGGAUUUCCCUAAAACUAAAAAUGCUAUUUUGUAUAUGAAACUUUUUGGAACAGGGUAUUAACUGGUAUUACCUGAAUCCAUCUGUUUUAAUUCCCACUACCUGUCAAUGAAUGCAGCGUACAGGUGGCUUCAGGAGGCAAAAAGUAACUCCUAAUAUAGGCAGAAGGAUUAGUGGCAGCUUUCAUUUGGACCUCUCAGUAAGUCAAACUUUGUUGGACUUUUUUGCUGUAUCACAUCUCCUACAUGAAAGGACUAAAAAGUAAGCCAUCUCUCUAGUCCCUCAGCUUCUCAAUAGAAACUGUGUCUUUCUUCAUCUCUUAAAAUUCCACAAUGAUUCCCAACUUAGCUGACUUCCACAGAAGCAAAGAUAUGCCCAGCUUGCACUUCAACUAAGACAAACAUCAAAGUGAGCACCUGUUGGACGCUUUAAUGUGCCACAUUCUCCUAGACUUUGAUAGAGGUGUUU